AUCAGCUCAGACGCUUGUUUCAGCCUUUUUUUGUUAGCUGCUGUCAGGUAUAAGUUGUGGUAGCAACACAAUUGAUUAAGAUGAAAUAGAAAAAGUUACCGUAAAGUGCCCACGACUAAACGAUAUUGUAUCCUUCAGCAACGCGUCUAUAAAAGCACAAACUGCAACAACGAAAAAAUAAUUAUGUAGAACUGUGAAAGUAAUUUCAUUUCAAAGUGAAACACCCACAAAUGCAGAAAAACACACCCCUAAUUCUAUAAAAAUACAAGAAUUUUUUAGCAAUACAAAAAAUGGAAACUAUCAGAUUUAAUGUUCUGCGCACCGUGGCACGAGAAGAGAUUUCGUUCAGAUUUCGGAAGCUGUUUUGUUUUUCCCGCCAGAAGGUUAUCGAUUGGGGAGCGUUUACAGUACGUUAAUAGAAACGAAUGUGAGGGUAAAUCUGCAGGCUGUUUUGAAAACGUACACAACUAAUUCAGUUCCCUAACUUGUUACAUACGUUUUAUAGGGUGUUGUAUAAAAUGGACUCUGAUCUUCUGUGUAGUUUGGAUAAGCUUCUCCUUCAGUUUGCUUUCCAUCUGGAGAAAGACUCACAGACAUUUAAACAUGAGAAGGAACAGAUUCAAAUUUGUACUGCAAAUAUUUUAGAAAAGAAACAGCAAACAAAUAUACUAAAUGAAAACAUAAACAAACUUGAAGAUGAACUCUCUCGAUCUAUUAAGCAAAGCAAGCAAAACAGAGAUAACUGUGAAGCAUGGAAACCAACAUAUUUGCUGUUUGUGAAACAUGAAGAAAAUCUCCAAGAGCAACUCCAGAAUUUACAGUUUGUGUCUGAAAAAGACAGAAAGAUGUAUCAAGAACAUGUAAAUCAGUACAGAGAGAUUCUGAAGCAGUACCAAACACAGUAUUCGGAAUCCACAAUGGCCUUAGAGUAUCAUAAAAAGAAGGCAGAAAUGGAUGAAUUACAGAACUGUGUAUGGGCAUAUACUAAAAAAUGUAAACAGCAGGAAUGCACUCUUAUGCAGUUGCUAGAACCUGCUCCUUUUAGGUCUCUUCGAGACUGGACCCUGGAAAUUGCUUCUUUGAGAGUAAAUACUGAAGAAAUGCUCAAAAAAAUAACAUCCAUUAAAAGUAAUUCAUCCAGACUGGAAAAGGAAAAUGCAGAACUUCAGAAGGAGAUUCAGCAUUUCUUGAAGCUUAGUACCAUUUCCAGACAAAAUGAAGUUUCAGAUCUGAACAAUGAAGAAAAAAAUAUAUCAGAAGUAAAAGAAAGGUACUGGGGAUCAACCCCCAUUCAAGAGAUCCAAAAAAGGGAAGCCCUGAAUUGA